AUGCAUAUCCAGUCUAUUCCCAUGUGGGAGGGUAGUGGUAAUAACUACGCCUAUCUGGUUGUUGAUGACAAGUCCAAGGAUGCUGUGAUCAUUGACCCCGCGAACCCAUCGGAAGUGCUUCCUGUGCUCAAGAAGCAAGUGGACAGUGGAGAUAUCAAUCUCAAGCACAUCAUCAAUACCCACCACCACCAUGAUCAUGCCGGCGGUAACGUUGAGAUGCUCAAGACAUACCCUCUCCCCAUCAUUGGCGGAAGAGACUGCAGCAAAGUGACCAAGACACCCGCACACGGCGAGACCUUCAACAUCGGUGACAUCAAGGUCAAAGCUCUACACACUCCAUGCCACACACAAGACAGCAUUUGCUUCUUAUUCGAGGACGGCAACGACAGAGUCGUCUUCACCGGAGACACCCUCUUCAUCGGCGGCUGUGGUCGUUUCUUCGAAGGCAAUGCUGAGGAGAUGCACAAGGCUUUGAACGAGACUCUUGCUGCUCUGCCCGAUGACACCAAAGUCUACCCCGGUCACGAGUACACCAAGGGCAACGUCAAGUUCGGCAUCCAAGUCUCGCAGAGCGAGCCCAUCAAGAAGCUCGAGGCCUUUGCCAACGCCAACAAGCAGACCCAGGGCAAAUUCACCAUUGGAGACGAGAAGCUUCACAAUGUCUUCAUGAGACUCGAUGACCCCGUUGUACAAAAGGCCACUGGAAAGACUAGCCCUGUCGAUGUCAUGGCCGCCUUGAGAGAGAUGAAGAACAAGUCUUAG